AUGCCCAAACCUAUUGAAGCGACAACUGCUGUUAACUCCGAAGACCCACCUGUAAUAAAGUCGGGUGAUGCUCAUGAUGCUCAUGAGGAGGCUCUCUCUCACACUGAAGAUGAAGAAGAUGAUGAAGAAGAAGAGGACGAGGAAGACGAGGCAAAUCAACCUUUACCAGUGGAAUAUCCCGGAACAAUUAUUCCCGAUGAUCAUCCUGAAACAAUUGAUGCCGAUGUUGAUCUUACAAAGGAUAUAAAAACUGAUACCGACUACAUUGACUUGAUCCACUUGAAGAUCCAUCUGAUGGAGGACUUAGAUUUGGGGAGAUUUAAGCAAUUGGAAAGUCUUUGCUUAAGACAGAAUCUUUUAACUCUGAUGCUGGGGAUUCGAGCUCUUGAACCCGGGAAACUCGAAGAAUUGGAUCUUUAUGAUAAUCGGAUCAAUCAUAUUUCUAGUGCACUUAACGAGUUUGUCAACUUGUCGAAUUUAGAUCUUUCCUUCAAUAAGAUUAAGAAUAUCAAGAACAUUUCCAAUCUUACCAAAUUAGAGAAUCUCUAUUUUGUUCAGAAUAAGAUAAAGCAUAUUCGAAACUUGGAGCUGUUGGUUAAGCUAAAGAAUUUGGAAUUGGGUGGUAACAAAAUCGAGACUAUUAGUGAAACUAUGCUUUCUUUAUCAAGUUUAACUCAACUAUGGCUUGGAAAGAAUAGAAUUUCCAAGUUACAGAAUCUUGAUAACCUUGUUAACUUGAGGGUGCUUUCUAUUCAAUCCAACAGACUUACAAAGAUUGAAGGAUUAGAGAAAUUGGUCAAUUUGGAAGAACUUUACCUUUCUCACAACGGAAUAUCUAAACUAGAAGGGUUAGAGAAUAACACUAAACUUACAGUUAUUGAUGUUACGGCCAAUAAGAUCUCCAAAUUGGAGAAUCUUUCACAUUUGACUCAGUUAACUGAUUUCUGGUGCUCCUACAACAGUAUCCUGUCUUUUGACGAGAUCAAUAGGGAGUUGGGUAAACUACCUGAAUUAGAUACGGUUUAUUUUGAACACAAUCCCAUUCAAACCCAGAAUCCAACUGCCUAUCGACGUAAAUUAAGAUUGAAUUUGGGUCCUAGUCUUCACAAAAUAGAUGCCACAUAUAUCCACUCAUGA